CAACUAUUACUAUUACUAUGGAAUAACCACAUACUAUUCCUCUCUCCUCCUCUCCUCCUUCACCUAUACUUCCUCCCUCCUCUCUCCUAAUACCAAAACACCUCCACCAUGUCCACCCCCUUCCAUCGCCGUCCUUUCCCCGACUACUUCCUCUCAUCACCUCUAGCAACCCUCAUCUAUCCUCUCCAUCAACUCCUCAACCACCUCCGCGGUCCUCCUCACCUCCCACCCCCAAACGCUCGUCCCAUCCGCGUCGUCUGCAUCUCCGACACCCACACCCUCGAAUACCCCGACAUCCCCGACGGCGAUCUCCUCAUCCACGCCGGCGACCUCUGCAACGAUGGCAGCGCCCGCGAAAUCCAAGCUGCCGUGAACUGGCUGCGCAGUCUCCCUCACCCGCAUAAAGUCGUCAUCUGCGGCAACCACGACAGCUACUUCGACCCGCGAUCGCGUCUCCCCGAAGACCGCAGCGAUGCCUCACCUCAAAACACCUCCUCCUCCACAUACGCCACCAUCUCCUCCUCAACCGCCUCCCUCCGCUCCCUAGACGACUACCUAACCGACGACCCUCAUCCCCGCAUCGACUGGGGCGACAACGACGACAUCCACUACCUCCAACACUCCUCCAUCACCCUCACCUUCCCACCUACCACCACGUCAAGCAUAACAAGCACCACCCCCCUCCGCCCCCGCACCCUAACCAUCUACGGCGCGCCCCAAAUCCCCGCCAUCGUACCCUUCGGCCCCGAACACGCCUUCACCUACCCCCCACACCACGACGCCUGGUCCAACACUAUCCCCCUCUCCACCGACAUCCUCGUCACCCACACCCCUCCUCAAUCACGCCUCGACCUCUCCCCCGUCUACUCCGCCGGCUGCCCCUUCCUCCUCUCCGAACUCUGGCGCGUCCGCCCCGCCCUGCACGUCUUCGGCCACGUGCACGCCGCAUACGGCAUCGAGCGCGUCUUCUACGAUGAGGCCCAACGCGCGUGGGAGCGACUCUGCGCGUCGAGGAAAUCCCGCGCCCGUCUGUCGAGAUUCGGCUCCUUGUUUGGGUUCUUCCGGGAUCUGUUUGAUCUCUCGGGCUUGGUAGAUUCGGCGAGAGUGGUGAUGUAUGGUGUUUUGGGGGUGGUUUGGGCGAGGGUCUGGGGUGGGGAGAAUAGAGAUGCGGGGUGGGUGGUUAAUGCGGCUUGCAUGUAUAGGGAUUCCGGGGUGUUGAGGAAUAAGCCGCAGGUUGUGGUUUUGUAGGCUGGUUGGUCCAUCACUGGUUUGAGUGGUUUGGUGGGUAAUGGGAUAUGGUAUUAUUUUCCAUAUCGUCUUCUUUGUAUAUAGGGGAGAGUCUAGAGGGGAUAGGUUAUGUGGGUGCAGUAACUGAUAAGAAAGGUUGCAGGGGAUGGUAUUGUAAAUAAAUGCCCGAAAUCAGGCUCGGCCGACUU